CCGGUGACGUCACGGGUUAACCUGAGUUUCAGGCUUUGAGACAGAAAGACGUCGCGUUGCUGAAGGAAGUAGGAGGAUGGCGGAGGCGGCGGCCCCGGAUCUGUUCUCUGAGCAGGAGCUGACCUGCUCCAUCUGUCUGGACCUGUUCGAUGAACCCGUCUCCACUCCGUGUGGACACAACUACUGUCAGGCGUGUAUCGGAGGCUACUGGGCGUCCAGUCCCGUCUGCACGUGUCCGCUCUGUAAACGCCAGUUUGACGAGCGUCCUCAGCUCAGCGUCAACAAAGUCUUCGCUCUCAUCGCAGAUAAAUACAAACUGGGCCGUUACAGCGCCGCAGGGUUACCCCCGCCGGUCAGGAACGGGACGCCAUGGACGCCGGGCGCCGUGACGCCGGGCGCCGUGACGACGGACGGGGGCUCAAACCCGUUCACCUCGUGGUCGGGUGAGGAGGUGGUGUGGUGUGACGUCUGUACGGGGGUGAAGCAGCCCGCCGUCAGCUCCUGUCUCACCUGCACCGCCUCCUACUGCGCCGCGCACCUGCAGCCGCACCGGACCUCCGCCUUCUACUCCAAACACCCGCUGAUGGACCCGCAGGAGGCCCUCAGGGGCCGCACAUGCCCCGCCCACCACCGCCUGCUGGAGGUUUACUGUCGGACAUGUCAGCGCUGCAUCUGUGCCAUCUGUGUCCUGGAGGAGCAUCGAACCCACCAGACGGUGUCGGUCCAGACGGAGAGACUCAGCAAACAGAAACAGGUGGCGAGGACGGAGCAGGAGAUCCUGAACCGGAUCAGAGAGAAAGAGAUCCGUGUGACUCAGCUGAGGAGGAAGCUGGAGGGAGUGAAGAACUACGCCAACGGAGAGCGAGGGGAGGUGGAGCUCCUCCUGGACCAGGUGACCGGGUCCUUGGACAGGAUCCGGUCUCAGGUGGUGGGCGGGAUCGAGACCCAGCUGGACGGCGUGGUGUCCAAGGGGGAGGGGCUAGUGAGCCAUCUGGAGGCGGAGCUUGGCCAGCUAAUGGACAGGAGAGCCACGCUGGAGGUCCAGGCCGUCAGUCAGGACCACAUCGGCUUCCUGCAGAGCUUCAAGAAAGCCACAGCUCCUCUGGAGGAGGAGGAGCAGCAGGAGGAGGUGGACGAGGACGAGGAGUUCUCGCUCCACUUCCAGCUGACGGAGGUGAAGAGCUCUCUGUCUGAGCUGAAGGAGAAGAUGGAGGACAUCAAGAUGGGGGAGGUCGUCUCCCGAGGGUCGGUGUCGUCAGGUGACCUGAUGUCAGCAGAGAGCAUGCUCAGUCUGAGAGGGAGCACAGCGAACCUGAGGAAGAGUACGUGGUCUCUGAGAGAUCGGAAGAAGAACAAGCCGGUCUCAGGACACAAGAAGGCCCGAGUCUAUAUGGAGGACGUGACCCUGAACCCGGUGACGGCGUACCCGUUCCUCAUCCUGUCUGAGGACAGGAAGCAGCUGAAGAGGGGCGAGAAGCUGCAGUUCUACAGAACCAGCCAGCAGCGCUUCGACGUCUGGUCCUGUGUCAUCGCCAAGGAGAGCUUCAACGGGCGCCACUACUGGGAGGUGUUUGUCGGGGACAGUAAGGACUGGAAGCUGGGCGUGGUCAGUGAGUCGGCGCCGAGGAAAGGCCUGUUCGACAUGAGUCCCUCUAACGGGUACUACGCCAUCUGGUGGAGCGGCAGCCAGCUGAGAGCGCUCACCACCCCCCUCACCAAGGUGAAGAGUCCUCCGAAGCUGCGUCAGGUGGGCGUGUUCCUGGACGUGGACGAGGGGCAGGUGUCCUUCUACAACCUGAAGACGGGCGCAGAGAUCUACAGCUUCACCGGGUCCUCCGAGUUCACUGAGAGGAUGUUUCCUCUGCUGGGGACCGGAGACAAGGAGGUCCCGCUGGUCCUCAUGACCGCACAGCACCAGCUGGCCUGAAAGACCAGGACCGGACGGGGGGACAGAGACCAGGACCAGACGG